AGACGCACUGUGGCGCCAAACGGGUUCUGGUUCCGUUCUCGUGCACAUAUAGGUGCACACGUCCCUUGAGAUAAGGACCGUUAGGACUCUGGAUAGUGAAGAAAAGACUCUUCUGGCUGGAUAACAUGAGCGAAUUGGCAGGAUUCAACAUUGAGGACUUGAUUAAUGUUACACCAAUGAAUGGAGGUGGAGGAAUGCAGCAGGAGCCCAAAGUUGAACAGUUGAUGGGCAAAUUAAGAAGGCUGCAACAAGGUAAAAGAGCCCUGGAAGAAGAAAUUAAGGAAUUCAAAUCUGUCAGUGACUCUUUGCAGAAAGAGCUGGAAACUUUACAAACUGAAGCUUACCAACUGGAAGGAAUCCAUAAAGAAAAAGAAGAGUUGUGCAGGAAGCUGCAGUUCCAGUGUGAGGAGUCUGAACAGGACUGUUCCAGGCAUUUAAAGCAGAACAAGAAAAGUGAGGAACUGCUGGAAGAGUACAGAUGUGAAAUCCAGGAAUUCAAGCUUAAACACCGGAAGCAGCGGAUGAAGUUUGAAAACCAACUUCAUCAGCUGAUAGAGCAGCACAAGAAUCUGCACUCUGUCUUUACUCCAGAAAGGCUCCCAGAAGAAAUAGAGAGUGCUGGGAAUACGAAAAGUCAGCUGUUAUCAGCUGAACAAAUUAAGUUGGCUCAGCUGCACCGCCUCGAUGAGGAGCUAGAAGAGAUGAAGAAACAGAAGCAGCCAGUGACAACAGCUGCAGAGACUCAGGAGGAGUAAAACUGUUCGUAGGUCAUUUUAAAGAAUCAGAGGUAACAGUCUCUUGUUUUAUUUCCAGUUAGAUGCACUUUGAUCACUUCUUGUCAAGUGAAAACCUUAAAUCUCACAAAUGGCAGCUUCUGGGUUUCAUCAGUCCAGGUGUUUCAGGAUCCUUCCUAACAUGUACAGCAAAAAACUGAAACUUUAGUUGACCAAAAAUAAAAAUGUACACAGAAUUUUAGUCACAACUUCAACUACAAUUUAUACCAGUGACAUCCAAGUAAAAUUUUUGCCUACCAAACUCUGUUAAUUCCUGUGUCCUUGGCUACUUUUCUGUAAGUACUUCAUGCAUUUACAUUCACUCUUCUGUAAGGCAUGGGUUUGUUUUGAUGUAUUUAUGAAACCAGAAAUAUUUUACAUUGUUACUGGUAAAUGGUGUUUUUCAAGUGCCUGUAGUAGUAUCCUGUAUGGUACUAUGAUCUUACUUAAAUAUUGAAAUAUUGUGUAUUGACAUAAUAUAAAGGUGUUCAUAUAUCUAAAAUAAAAUAAAGUUUUUUAACAA